AUGGCUGGGAUUAUUGCUGGCACUGCUGCGAGUGGAGUUGGUGGGGGAGGAUGUGGCGGUGGAGGAGCCCCACGACUCCCACACAACAUCGGAGCCACCGCGCCGCGCUUCAACCCCAUCUCCACCCGAGCCACUCCCCUCUUCAAAUCGCCCCACCCUCACUACGGCGAGCCCUCACCCCAGCCACCCACACAUCCAGCCACCACCGCAUCGCGACCCUCCUCUCCCCUGACUGUGCCGCGCCUCACUCACCAGCCCAAACCACCGUUCGACGCGCUCCAAACCCCACCGCGAGCAUACCUCCGUGAAACCAUCGAAGGCCUUUCCCCCUUUUUUGGCCGCCGGGAUGUGCUCAUCGUGUGGCUAGAACCACGGGUCCGUUGGGUGGGAAAUCGAACCCUAGCAAGUAUUGUUCGUGCGGUGAAGACCGCAGGUAUCUUGGUUUGGAGCACCUCGACGCGAACCUAUAGAUCGCGCCACUGCUGGGCAGAGAGAGGGAUGGUCGUGUGCUCUUUCCCCGCGGAUAAUUGCUCAAUGUGGAGUCGAAGACGAAGUGGUGGUGGUGGAGGCUUUGGCCACCACAACAACCGUCAUGUUCAUGGUGGAGCAGCGAUAGCUGCGAUUAUGGCUGGCUCUGCUGCGAGUGGAGGUGGCGGAGGAAGUGCUUGUGCAGAAUCUUAUAUCUUACAUCACACAACAAUUUGUUUCAACAUGAUUGAGAAACACCGCGAGAAAAACAUGGAAGAGUUGGAAGAAGGCAAGGGCUUGCUCUUCCAAAAAAAUUUUGAAGUUCCAUUGCUACUUAUUGUGAACAAAAAGGCCGAGAAAGUCGUAUUGGCAGGGGCAAAUGAGGACUUCAUGGAUAUUCUUUGUAGCUUCUUAACUUUGCCUUUGGGAACCAUCGCCAGGCUUGUGCAGCAGGAGUCACCUCAGGGUCCACUUCAAGUUGGUUCUCUAAAUUCACUCUAUGAAAGUGUCGUCAGUUUUGAGACAGAUUAUCUGUGGACAGAGACAUGCAAAGAAAUGCUACUGAGGCCAAGAAAUUCAUCAGAACAUCAGUGCAGGAGUCUGAAGAUUAACAUUUAUGACUCUGACCCCACAACCUAUUUUAUAUGUCCGGAGUCCCAUGCUUGUGCCAUGAACAUGUUGAGUACCUUCAAAAAUCAACCAUGCCAAUGUGGGAAUAUUAUGGACCAUUCGGUUUCAAUAAAAAAUAAUCAAGUAUACGCAGGAUUUUUACGUGCUGCUACUACUUUUAUAAUGGCAGAUAAUCUGGAUAUCAUUCCAAGCACAAUCCAUGAAGACCUUAAAUCCUUAGGGGCUUUCUUCGAGAGAUUCUUACAGAAAUUAUCAGGGAGCAGUGAAAAUAAAUCGAUUUUAUUUGAAAUGGUGCCUGUGAAUGUAACCAAGACACAGGUACUGGAUCUACUCAAGUGCUCUUUAUUGUCCAAGACAACUCUGACAGAUUUCUUCUUCGUAAAUAAACCAUUGCUGAUAAGCUCAAAUUUUAUUGCUCCUCCCGCUGGAUGGUCUAAUAAUUUUCGAAUCAAAGUGAAGAUAGUUGCGAGAAAAUCAAAUAGGAAGAUAUUGUAUGCUGAAGGGGCAGAAGAUUUUGCCGAAUUCCUGUUGAGUUUUCUUACUUUACCUUUGGGAGGAGUAGUGCGAAUGUUGAGUGCAAUUUCUUCUGUGGGCAAUGUUGAUAAUUUGUUCAAUAGCAUAUAUGACCUAGAUGAAGAAAAAUAUUUUAUAUCAAAGGAAGAGAAAUACAUGCUUGUUGAUCCUAACGUUGCCCCACAGUUCCUAUCAAGCAUAUGCAAGCAGCUAUUACCAAUCUGUGAACAGGCUUCACAUUAUUAUUGUGAAUAUCAGAGUAUUGCUCUUACAGGAAGGACUUCGCCUUUGCAAUUCCGUUUGAAUGAAGAUCAAGAAUAUGAGGAUUAUGAUAAUAAGGAAAAUUAUCAGAAGAUGAAGUUAGUAGACCCAAAGUCAUCAUCUGGAAGACUUUUUAAGGUUCAUGCAAGCUUACCAGCAUUGUUCAUGGUUACUGAUGACUUGGUUGUGACACGAGCGUCUCUGACGUCAGGUCAAAUGUUAGUCAAUCGUUUAAAAAUACCAUUAAGGGACGUGGAAGAAAAAGAGGUUGCCAUUGGCAUUCAAGAGGCUUAUAGCAUAUUGAAAGCAUCUUUGACCUCAAAAGCAGCUCUCACAGAUGGUCUCAGCCAUUUGCUAGCAAAUAUUUAUGCGGAAAAUGCUUUUGUUACUCCUUGUAACUCUUCUGUCAAUGCUUUUAGACCUCUCAGAAUUAUGAAUGAAUUUUCGGGUACUGAGAAGUGA